AUGGGCCUCUUCUCUCGCAAGACCCCGGCGACGGGGCACCAUCACCACGCCGACGCUCCGGUAGACGGCGUCACGAACGGCCAUGCUGCUGGUAGUAGCGGUCGGCGCUGGAACCGCAGCCGUCGCGAGCGCCGCGUCCACGAACCGUACUCGAUGGCCCGGCGGCCAACGUUUGGGCAGUGGCUCAAGCACACGUGGCUCGACAUCCUCACCAUGGUCAUCAUGGGCGCCAUCGGCCUCGGUGUCUACGAGGCCAGGCCUGCGCCCUCGCGCUCCUUCGCCAUCACCUUCUCCGACGGCGAGGUCGUGUACCCCGAGUUCGCGUACCCGAUGCGCAAAGAGAUCGUACCCAUCUGGGCCGCCGCGCUGCUCGCCGCCUUGGUACCCAUCGCCGUCAUCCUGCUGAUGCAGAUCCGCGUGCGCUCCUUCUGGGACGUCAACAACGGCGUCAUCGGCCUGCUCUACGGGCUCAUCUGCGCCGCCGUCUUCCAGGUCUUCGUCAAGUGGCUCAUCGGCGGCCUGCGCCCUCACUUCCUCGUCGUGUGCAAGCCCGACAUCAGCAAGAUUGCCAACUCGGCCGACAACCUCAGCUUCAAGGGCUUUCGCCAGCUGUACUUUGACCGCGAGGUGUGCACCGGCGAUGAGAGUGAGAUUAAUGACAGUCUGGAGUCGAUGCCCAGUGGGCAUACGACGGCGGCGUUUGCGGGCUUCGUGUACCUGUAUCUGUACCUCAACGCCAAGCUCAAGGUCUUUUCCGACUACCACCCAGCGAUGUGGAAGCUCGUGGCUAUAUAUGCGCCGAUCUUGGGCGCGGUGCUCAUCGGCGGCGCGCUGACUAUUGACGAGUACCACAACUGGUAUGACAUCCUGGCGGGUGCCGUCAUUGGGACUGUCUUUGCCUUUUCGGCGUACCGCAUGACGUACGCUGCUGUCUGGGACUGGCGCUUUAACCAUAUCCCGCUCAACCGUGGCGCAGGGUUCAGCUAUGGAGGUGGUGCGGACGAGCUGGCAAAUGCGGUGUUUACGCGCCGCGCGGGCUGGGGAGCUAGAGGAGGCAUCGCUGGUGGUGCGCUGGGCGCUGAGAAGGGUUUCGGCGGACAUAACCAUCAUCAUCAUCAUGGCGCAGAGGGGACCGUCGCGGACGGGCCCCUGCACCACGACCGCCACCAUAACCACGCGUCGCCUUCCAUCCCGAGGAGGGCCGUCGGAGGCGGGCGACAUCCCGACGAGAUGGUUUAG